AUGAGCACGUUUGUGACCCUGGCAGAGGUGCUGGAGUCGCGGGGAGCACCUCUGGAGGAACAGGAAGUCUGGUCAAUUCUCUUGGGUGCAACAGAGGCCUUGAUAGAAAUCUUCAGUAAAGGUCCUGGUAACAUGUGCAGUGUAAUAAGUCCCCACUCAGUGCUUCUGUCUGCCAAUGGCACCGUUGCCUUCAAAACCUGCAGUCGUUCAGAGGAUAUGGGCUCUUUCUCUUCUCCUGAGCUGACACAGGGUCGUUCCCCUUCUACCAGGCAGGCCAUGGAGAAGAUGGUUGUUUACUCUCUGGGAAUGACUCUGUAUUGGUCUGUUGAUUAUCAGCUCCCUCAAAACCAGCCCAUCCAACUCAGUGAUCACCUAAACAGCCUUUUACUGACCAUGUGCGAGGAUGUAGCACAUAGGCGAGCAGACCUGCUCACAGUGCUGGAGAAAUGCGAACAGCAUCACAAGAAUGCCCUGGCCCCACCAGAGACGGUCAUUAGGCAGCUAGUGGAGGAUGUCAUGCUGGACCCUGUGGAAAAUACACAUGGUAACACUGCUCUUCUCUCAGAUCGCAGUCAGAUGGUCAGAGACAAGCUUCGGGGACUGUCACAUCAUAAUUCUAUAUGCUGGCCAAGAAGCAUGGCGUCACCAUCCCGGGCAAUCCAAGCCGAGUCUAACAGAAUCCAUCAUAGUCCACAUCGUAGGGCCAGCAGCAUCACUUUGCUCACACGGAGCCCUUUCCUUGAUGGUCGCCGCCACAUCAGCCCCCGGCCCAAUCAGUUGUUUGGCUCAACACUCAGUCUCAUUGACAGGAAACCAAGGGACAUGGGUCCAGAGUUCAUUAGGAUGUUGGAGGAGCCACUUACUGUCUUAGAGCUGCCUAGUUCUAUUGUGGCAAAGAAAGGGAAGUCUUGUUUGACUCAAAGGAGCUUGAAAGUUAUCAUGCCAAAUGGACAGAGCAUCCUGGUCAAGUGUGAUGUCAAGUCUAGAACUAGGGAUGUCUUUGAUAUGAUUAUUGCCCAUUCAAACCUGGUGGAGCACUUCUACUUUGGCCUUGCCUAUAUUGAUGAAAAUGAGUUCUUUUUUCUUGAAAAUGAAACAAAAAUAUCCAAAGUUGCACCAGACCGCUGGAAAAAAGUGCCCACUGAAACAUUUGUCCUUCACUUCAGAAUCAAGUUUUUUGUGAAUGAUGUUGCUCUGCUUUUACACAAGCUGACCCGUCACCAGUAUUACCUGCAGAUGAGGCAGGACAUAUUGGAAGACCGGCUACCUUGUGACGAGGAGACUGGCUUAUUUCUCGGUGCCUUGGCUCUCCAAGCUGAAUUUGGAGACAGUAUGCCUGAGGUAUAUGGAACAAACUAUUAUAGGCCUGAACACUAUGUCUCCAAGAGUAUACUGAAGAAAAUGGCCAUGCCUUGCCUAAAAGAAGAGUUGUUACGAUUACAUGCAAACAACGUAAACAUGGUUGUUGAAGAGUCUGAACUUGAAUUUCUUAAGGCCACUCAACAGCUUCCGGAAUACGGAGUGCUGUUUCACCGUGCGGCCUGGGAAAAGAAGCCCGUCAUUGGAGAGCUGCUCCUCGGAAUCUGUGCCAAAGGUGUUGUCGUGUAUGAAGUUAAAAAUAACUCCCGCUCCACAAGUCUUAGAUUCCACUGGAGGGAGACUGUCAGUAUCACCUCGAUUAAACGUAAAUUUGUCAUAGAGAGUAGCACCAGCAAGAAAAAGCACACCUUCCUCACCGAGAAGUCUAAAAUUGCCAGGUAUCUCUGUGAGCUCUGCUCUGCACAGCACAAGUUUCACAAGGAGAUGAGUUCACGAGAGCUCAGCCACAGUCUUGCCUCAGAGGACAGCAUAGUGCAGUAUGCAUCUGUGUGCAGGGCUCAGAACAACAUAGUCUCCAGGAGAUUCUCAUGUUCUGAGGGACCACUGAAUGACACCCAUCUCAGCCCCUCACACAAUGACUCCAUGAGCAAGUUGUGUGAUGACAUUGCCAAUAAAAUUGAGACAAGAAUCAAACAACAGAGAGAGUUACUGGAAAACACAGGUGCACAAAGUCCAGCUGUUUCACAGAGACUUUCUAUCUGCUCACAAAAGCGACACUCUGACGUUCCCUCUGUGUCCUCAGCCUUAAGAGAUACCCCAACAAGUCCUAGAGUCCCAGAGAGGGAAAUAAUUCGGGUUUCUCUAAAGAAGGACCCUAAAUUUGGCCUUGGCAUCAUCAUUGUUGGAGAGGACACCACCGGGAGACUGGAUCUGGGGAUCUUUAUUGCAUCUGUAGUGCCUGGAGGUCCUGCUGACAAAGAUGGACGAAUAAAACCUGGUGGUCGUCUGAUUUCACUGAACCAGACCAGUUUAGAGGGAGUGACCUUCAGCGAGGCUGCAGACAUCAUGCAGAACAGCUCUAGCGUUGUGGAACUCAUCGUCUCUCAGCCUAAGGCCAAUGCUAGUGGGUGUGUGGAGGAGAAGAAUUAUGAGAGUGCUGUGGUGCUGGAGAGUCAGACAGGAGAGGAUGAGCUGGAUGAGCUGGUCAGCGUCAUGAUGACUCCUAAGCCAGCAAGCAGAUUGCACGUUCCUGAAGUUCGCAUCCUCAACGCACAGGACGCCUGUUCCAUGUCUGCGUCUUUGAUCAGCCUCAGACCUGAGGAGUUUUCAGUGGUGCUGAGGAAAGUGGCUGGGAGCCUGGGCAUCAGUAUUGCUGGUGGAGUUAAUACAGGACUGCGAUAUGGAGGAAUAUACAUCAAGAGCCUGGUCCUGGGUGGAGCAGCAGAACAAGAUGGCAGAAUUCAGAUAGGUGACAGGCUGUUGGAAGUGGAUGGUACCAGACUGCAGGGAUUCACAGACCAGCAGGCCGCAGAAUGCUUGGCAAGAACUGGAGAGGUGGUCUCUCUGGUUCUGGAGAGGGAUGGGGGUCCUAUGGUGCCUCAGAGAUAUCUGAACACAACAGCCUGUGCACAACCCAGGAACAACAGCUGCCCUGCCAUUACCAUGACAACGCCCUUCUGUGUCAGGCCUAAGGAUUACAGCUUUGUCUCUAAUGACAACACCUUGGAAGUCACACUGAGAAAAAGACUGAAUGGGCUGGGCUUUAGUUUCUUGAUCGCAGAGCUGGAUACCUCACUGGACAGUGGCACUGUGGUGCGGGUUAAGACACUGUUUCCCGGUCAGCCUGCAGAGGAGUGUGGGCAGAUCCAGGAAGGAGAUGUGAUCCUGUCUGUAAACGGAGAGUCACUGAAAGGACUUUCUUAUCAGCGUGUGCUGCAGCUGGUGAGGGGUUCUCCACCAGAAGUCCAGCUGGUGCUUUGUCGCCCUCCUUCAGGAACACUGCCUCCCAUAUCUGAGAAAAUAGGCCAGUUGACCUGCAGUUGA